AUGCUGACCCCACUGUCCACACCCACACUGCCAUCCAAUGAUAUGCCCACACCCCCUGCAUCAGCUACUGUCAAGUCAGCAAGUGUUAAAAAAUUUCGACCUUGUACAUCGAAGAAUGGAAGGUCACUCUGCACACAUCAGUGGUUGAAGCAGGUUGCUCCAAAUGGCUCAUCAGCCAAUUUCAGGAUUUACUGGUCCGGAUUGACAAAAGAGAAGCAGCUGGCUUAUGAAACAGACAUGCUGAAGCUGGUAACAAACUUGACUAAAUGCGCCCUCAUCCUGAUGCAGGUCAAGGAUGAUAUAUGGAACAGCAAUACAGUUGACAUCAUCAGCAAGAUCUCUUCUGGCACCUUAUACUAG